AGCUCUAGCAACAUCGCAAAUCUUUUUCUUUCGUCGUGGUCCCCAUUCUCAUUGAUAAUUCGUUUUCGACGAUGAAAAGAGGUCGAUUGCCCACCGAACACCUUACGUCGACGUGCAUGUCUUCACACACCUCAUGGCGACUGGUGUUGCCGCCUAGAUUUCUCUCAGAUCAUCUUCAAACGCAGAAACUGUAGGAAGAGAAAAAACUAGUCUGUGUAGCUAGACUUACGUAGAUGUACGUACGACGAGCUGCUCCACUGCUCGAACUCUAAACUAACUACGCAGUGCCUUAUUCUUUCAGCUGCACCAAAUGUACCUCACUGAUCUGUUCGAGCUUUUCAAAUGCAAUAAAACGAAAUUCAAAAUGAGGAAGAAGCCUGGUGCGCUAGCACUUGCACUGAUGUAAUUCGAACGUAUUUAUUUCUACUCCCGAGCCCCGGCACAAAAACAAAAGAAGGCCAGAGUUGUGGAAAGUAGGCACACCAACAAGGUGACACUAACAAGGUGCAGCGCUGCUGGACAGAAAUUCAGCUUCGUCUUGUUGCGGCAGCCCUGAUAGUCGCGACGCAUACCCGCCGGAGUCAUCGUGUCGCGGAACAUUGGAAGUUUUUCACCCCCGCGGAGCGCGUACUAGAAGAAAGUAUUCUUCAGUGCUGUACAGCAGAAUCGGAAUCGGCUACAGACACGGUUGCACCUAAAUUUUGAGAAAAACCAGUGCUGGUACACAUUGCUAAUCGACGUGAAUCGGCCGUUCGUCGCAAUAAAGAAGCGUCGACCUCCUUGUUAUCACCUGGUGGAAAAGAAAUACAAAUAGUCGUUGACUACAGCAUCAGCAGCUGUCGACGGGAAGAAGUUGGAGAAGUUCUCACGACAACACGUCAAGAGCGUCAUCGUAGCGGUAGGGACAAUCGAGGCCGUGGUUGUACUGCUAACGGUCAGUAGCUCCACUUCAUUGCGGAACCGCGGGACAACGCGGUGGUUUCAUCACUUCUUUCAUUCCACAACUUGAACUUCCUCGACGUGGCAUCGCGAAGGAGCGGAGCAAAAGAAGUUUGCGAGUUGAAGAAAAAAUAAAAAGGCAGCGUAGUGAAGGGGAACAAGUAGAGCAACCGUACUGGUAGGAAGUUCUACUGCUGACAAAGAUGUCGAAGCCAGCAGAGAAUGGUGGAGGUGCGGAUGGGGACAGGAGGCUGUCGAGCGGGACCAUGGAGCACCUGAAAGCCAUCGAGCAACUGCAAAAAGCAACGCUGUCAGAGUCAAAGCCUGCGAAGAAAAAGCCAAAGGACAAACAUAAGGUACAAUUUGUUGUAGUGCAAGUGUGAAUCGUUGGAGUCAGAGCAAAACUCUAACCUGCUACAAAAAUCGAAAUUACUUACUUAACGUGUUUGUUCUUCAUCGCACGAACACGACCAUGUACAACCAGAAUCACGUAGGAAAGCCCACACUGGCUACUUUCUAUCUAAAACUUUGAACCGCACAGGCACCCCACGUGCCAAAGACCGACAUCGACAAGAGGCACAAGAUCAUUCUGUUUGGCAGGAUAUACAAGGGUAGCGAGCCAGAAGAGGAGAAGUUGUACAGUUUCACGCAUCAACGGGCAGAUGGUGUUAUCACCGAAGGUUACAUUCCGGUGGGUUUUCUGUCCAUGUUGCCCGUGGAGGACGAGCACCUGUAAAGCGAUUUUUUGUUUGAAAAGCUCUAGAGUUUGAUGAAGUAUCGUGCUGUAUACGUUGUCUAUAUCCUCCCUCUUGUACUAUGUUUCUUUUCGACGUGGAGGUCUGUGCUGAGUGGCUGAACUCUUAAUGCGAUCAUCGCAACGACAACUCCGCUGAGGUUCUUCGCCGUCCGCAAGACACCGAUGGGCCCGGAGUUUCAGGUAGCGCACAAAACGGAGAAGAAUGUCGUCUGCGACUGGGAUCUGAACCCAGAUGCAAUGUGGGGAAACGUUGUCACAAAUUUCGACAGAAGAGAUUUGUUUUCCGAGAAAACUAUGAACUACCUUGACGCUGACCCGUUCGUGCUUUUCGGCAUUGACGAUCUCACCACACAAAAAGCGCUGAGAAAACUCGACAAGUUUCCGGUCUUGCUGUGCCGAGGCGUCAAGCCAGAUUCGGAGGAGUGGUAUGAUCUGUAUGCAGAUGUGAAGCGAAUUAAUGGAGGUCUUCGCGUUCUGCAAAUCAGAACCGAUAAUGUUUGUUUCUCUGCUACUUCGACUUCCCGUGCGUGAUUUUCUUGAAAUACAAAAAGGUUUGCUUACCUCGAGCUUGAUAGUGAACACGACUCCCAACUCGGCUGGAUUGUGCAAGCGUUGGCUGAAAUGGAGCUCCCAGCGCCGUGGACGAGUUACAAGGGGAUUGGGUCCAUCGUGUGCUUUCUGAACCACCAGACGGGGAGAAGUACCUGGAAGCACCCGUUUUACGACUACUUCGCACAACUCAAAACUUUCGCUUUGACCGCCAGCCCGGAUCACGUGAAGCAGGUACUGAUAGUGUACGCAGAUAAAUGAUCAUGAUGCUACUAACUUGCUUAUCAGCAUCACAGCGGACGCGAAAUUCCAGUUGCUGGAACUCGAAUUAAUCUAUUUCUACUUACACCUGGUGGCACUGCCUCGAAUUAAUCUAUUUCUACUUACACGUUUACGCAGCCGCAAGCGCAAGGAUCGCACGUGCAGCAAUAGUAAAGUGGCAAAACAUGAUCACAGACUGCUAUGAAUAUCGAAUUUCUCCAUAAAUUUACAGUGCCGGCUUAACCGCUUGAUUUGGAGCUACGAGACGCAAGGCCCAUCUGGGAGUCUGCAGGAACCGCUGGUGUCACCCGAAUAUGUCGAGCAUCUGGCAGAAAUUAUGGACUACGACCUUGCUGCAGAGCCAGCUAUCGUGCGAGAUUUGAAAACGUACUUACAGACUUUAUUACCAUGCGCCGCAUGCUCGUUUUUUUCCUCUGUCUAACUUGAUUCAUCUACUAUCGUGAGUGGUAAAUUUUUACAGUUGAGUUAGUCCUUCGUUAUCCAUUGUCACCGGGACUAAGUGGCCAGUUGUUCGAUGUAAAUGAUCAGGUACAUCAAGAUCUUCGCCCACUCUUACCGGACCCAGGAAACCGUGCAGAUAGAGGACGUGUUGUCACUGCAAGAGGCCGUGGAGCUGAAUAGAGGUAGGUCGGACAUGGUGACCGAUACCUGGAAAAGCCUGAAAAACCUGCCCACCAAGGAAGACUUCAAGACCGCAAAAAGGCUAUUUGAGGAAGAAAAUGAAAUCAUUCAGAAAUUAGCCAGUGGUGAGAGUUCUUUCGAUUAUUUUUUCCGGAAUGUCGUGCGUUGCAGCUGCAGGCGCACGACCACCGGCCGGAAUGCAACCUUUUACUCUUUCUAACUCUACUCAGUUACAUUUUCUGUUGUUGUAUUCUGUCUUCGCAUGUGCAUGAAAAAGAAAUCGCACAACUUGAACUUAUCGAUCAGGCGAAGUGAUGUGUGUCGAGUGCGAUAACGUUGCCUUGUCCUACUGCACGAUGUUCGAGGACUACAUGUGCCUUGCCUGCUUCGCUCGCCUGCACCAGAAAGGCCACCGGAGGGACGCGAAGGCCUACAAGCUGGAAGUGUGUCAACUCUGCAAGAGUAAAGCAGCCAAACUACAAUGCGGAUACACCGGAAAGCUGUUCUGCCUCGAGUAUUGUUGUGAAAUGUGUUGGCGACGUGACACCGAUGCUGCUUUUAUUUUUGCAGCAGUUGUACUCACCUACGAGGCACGACUAUCCUACUUUAAGAUACAGCUUCACUGCGGAAAGGCUCGCCGGACAUAAGUAUUUACAACAAAAUAAAACAGGUGUUUCGCCAUGAAGCACAUCAAGGAACUGCCACCGCACGCACGGGAGAUAGCCCCAACGAAAAUCCACUAUCACAAGAUGGCACCACCCAAGAAUCCGGACGAGGAUGCGGACGACGCCGAGUCGGACGUGGAGUCCGAGGUCGACUCUGAGCUCGGAAUUCUCGGAGCACAGUGGGCACCGUUCUUCGACGCUAAAGGUAAAGAGAGUGUAAGCGAUGUUCAUGUUGUCUUUGUCAGCUCACAAUACUACAUGAAUUUUCUCUGUAGUUGUUGUAAGUAAGAUGAGUAGGUGCACCAACCUUGUUACUGAAGGUGACGUAGUAGAUUCACUAGUUUCGGUCGUACCCUGGGGACCACCGGCUUCAUGUUCUUUUGUUUAGUCUCUUGGACAUCAAAACGUGACACUUUAUCGCGGAACAAGGUAUCCAAUACUACUACAACUUCGCGACGGGUGAGCGCAUGCGACGGUCUCCACGCGCCUCUUCCGGCGACAGCGAGGCCUCCACUCCGGUGCACAGCAACCGACGGGAGGCGAAGCACGGGCUCCAGCUCGAUGAUUCGUUGUCCGAGUCCAAUGCGGAGUCCGGUUUGCUUGACGCACUGGAGGAUGAGAUGCCGACGCAGCCCAAGAAGAACCGGCUCAUCAAGGAGCCGCCAACGCUCUAUCCAAGACCGAUCAAGCCGCCCUACAGGACGAAUCCCCUCAGCGAGGGGCAGCGACCACCGCCAUCGGUGUGAGGGAAGUGGUUUCAGGUGCUGCUUGUAAGGUUCUAGGUUUUGCAGGACGGAUGAUCCUGACCUUAUACGCUCUCCGGUCUCAAUUAGUGAGAUUCUUGCUGCUUAACAAAAUGCUCAAACGUACUCAGACUCAGACAGGAGUCCUGAAAAUUUUAAUAUUGCUUGAUAUAUGCUUUUCCUUUUACAAUUCAGAUUCACAGAUUCUUGCUGACAUUGACGCAAAUGCAGAAGAAGUAUGGUAGAUAGAAUUCAACAAAGCAAUGCGAAUACGAACUCAACACAUUGUCAAAAAAUGCGUGCUAAAGUAGUUUCCAACUUUGUUUUCCAAAUGCCAAUCGCACCAACAAGAAAAAAUGAAGGUGCGAGCAAUGAAGUGAUUGCUAAAUUUGUAAAAUAAUGUGAACUUUUACGUCGAUUCUUCUAAGGUAAGUCAAACUCUUGCCAGAAUUGUAUCAACAAUUUUCAAUGUACCCCCUGUACAAAGUGCGAACUUUGUUGCCCUCCUUGAAAAUGUUAUGUAUUCAUCAACUUUUACAGUGGUUUCCGAAGAUUGUCGGCUUUGCUGAGGGAAACGCAGAACAUUAGCAGAACGACUCUAAUAUACCUACGCUGCAACUUCUGCGAUUUUUUUGCGACAAGAAUCUUUAGGCGUGGUUGGUGAUGUUGGUCGCCACGGGAAAGCAGAGAAGCUAAGUAGAGUAUUUUCGCCCGACCUGGGUGUUCCUCUAUCAAUCUUCGACGUCGAGGCACAGCCUCACUCCAAGGCUAGUUGGUAUCGGCAUGUCACGCAUGAAUAAGAAGCGCAAGGAUGAUAUAGAGGAACCUUCAGACAAAAAUACUACAAGGCCGCAGCUUAUGUCGCGCAGUGGGAGGGUGAACGAGUUGACAGGGGGGAAAGAAAAACGCCAGAGGGUGGGCAAGGGAAAAAAAUUUUGAUGCAGGGCGGGGCCAAGCCCCUGCGCCGCUUCGUGUUGAAAGAACGAAGGCGGAGCGCCAUGGCGCCCGUGGUUCCCGACGUUGUGCGAGCGCGAGGACCCCGCCCGUAUUGGGCCCGUGUUUCUGAGGCGGCAAGCCUUAGGCCCAACAACGCAAAGCGCGGCAGCGGGCGGGCGCCUCUGGGCGG